AUGUCUGCCGCUCCAGCAUCUGGCGCAGCACCAACCACGAAAGCUACAGUCGCAGACAAGAGCGCCGAUUCUACCAAGGAGACAAAGCCAGCGCCUGCGCUAGAGGAAGAUGACGAGUUUGAGGAUUUCCCUGUAGAGAACUGGACGCAAGAGGAUACUGAGGUACCGGGCGAUAACACGCACUUGUGGGAGGAGAGCUGGGACGAUGAUGAUACGAGCGAGGACUUUUCCGCGCAACUGAAGGAGGAGCUUAAGAAGGUCGAGGCGAGCAAGAAGCGUUGA